AGCAAAAGAACUAAAAGUAUGACAGUUGGUCGCGAUAAAGUAAAAGGAAGGUAGCAACACAGAAAGAAAUUGGUGUUGAUCUGCCAAUUUUUGGUAACGCGUCAGGUUUCUUUUAACUAAAAUCGGUUUUUUAAUGUGCAAUAAAAAAUAGCGCUUUCAAUAGAGCGGUCGUAAAGGUCAAAUAAGCGCCGACUUCACAAUGUCGGACGAAAGCAAUCCAAAGACUUUGUAUGUAGGCAAUUUAGAUGUGACAGUGUCAGAAGAUCUUCUUUGUACCCUUUUUUCGCAAAUAGGCCCCGUUAAAGGAGUUAAGAUAAUACGCGAGCCGGGAAAUGACCCUUACGCUUUCGUCGAAUUUACAAAUCAUCAGUCGGCGUCGACGGCGCUGGCGGCAAUGAAUAAACGAGUCUUUUUAGACAAGGAAAUGAAAGUGAAUUGGGCCACCAGUCCUGGAAAUCAACCCAAAACAGACACUUCCAAUCACCAUCACAUAUUUGUCGGUGAUUUGUCACCCGAAAUCGAGACAGAAACUUUAAGAGAGGCCUUUGCACCGUUUGGAGAAAUAUCGAAUUGCAGGAUAGUGAGGGAUCCACAAACUUUAAAGUCGAAAGGUUACGCGUUUGUUUCGUUUGUGAAGAAAGCCGAUGCUGAGAAUGCCAUACAAGCUAUGAACGGACAAUGGUUAGGAUCACGUUCAAUUAGAACAAAUUGGUCGACGAGGAAACCGCCACCUCCUCGAACAGAUAAGACCACGCAGCGAGGAAAACAGCCAACAUUUGAAGAGGUGUACAAUCAGAGUUCUCCGACAAAUUGUACAGUUUACUGUGGGGGAUUCACGAGCGGCCUUACCGAAGAGCUGAUGCAUAAAACAUUUUCCCCGUUUGGAGUUAUCCAAGAUAUACGUGUUUUUAAAGAUAAGGGUUAUGCCUUUAUUCGUUUUACAACUAAAGAUUCCGCAACGCACGCUAUCGAAAGUAUUCAUAAUACUGAAAUAAUAGGUCAACUGGUGAAGUGCUUUUGGGGCAAGGAAAAUGGAGGAGCGGCAGGUGACAAUAAUGCGAUGGGUCCCGGAAUACCUCCAGCUCCUUCGCAAGCGGCACAGCCAUACUCAUAUGGAUAUGGUCAAGGUAUGGGAUAUUGGUAUCCUCAAGGAUAUCCCCAAAGUUACUAUCCAUAUCAAUAUCCCUAUCCUGGGAAUAAUCAGCCGUAUUGUGUUGUCCCGCAGCAAGGUCAGCAGCCGAAUGCAUCAUUAAUGUACACAUCAAUGCAGAAGUAUCCAACGCAGUGAGGUGGCACGUUGAAAAGAGUGAGUGUUACGCAAACGUUGUUGCAGGAUUUUGUGUUAAUUGGUCAUCUCUUGUAAGAGUUUACAUUAUUAUAAGAUAUAAAGUUGCAGCAAGCAUGUGUAACAUAAUUACGAUGUUUUAUAUUAUUGCUGGAAGGACUAAUAAAAGGAAUAAAUUGUGUAUAUUACUUGAGAGAGAGUGAGAGUCACUAAGUCAAGUCAAAUUUGUCGAAGAUUUAUUGAUUGUUCAUAAAUCGUGUCCCAAAUGAUUUUAAACUAUUUAACUACUACUAAGUUUGCUAGUGUCUAAGACUGUCGUUUUAGCUUUAGGCGAGACACGAGCAAAAAUUCGUAGACUUCUACGCAGUAGAUUUAGCUAGGGUAUCUCUUAAUUGCAUUACUGUAUUUACAGAUGAAUGAAGCGCCUCUACAAUAUUGUAGUUGUGUCUCUAUACACAUUCUGCCUAUCAUAAGUUAAUGUUCAUUUGGGGAACUAGCGAUAGCGGGUUGUAAGUGGUAGUCGACCUGUUUCGCAUGUGAAAGACUUGUAAAAUGAUUUUGUAAGAAACUAUUGUAAAUGCUAGUUGUUAAUAAAAGUUUGGGCAAGGGA